ACUACCGUUGUCCCUGGUGGAACGACACUCGGGAAUGGAGCAAGUAAAAGAUUGUGYCGUAGUGGUUGUCUAAGAAAAAAGGUUAGUAAUCUCUGAGCCUCUAUAAAUGUAAGGGAGGAACCUUAAUAGAUGUCACCAAAACUCCUAGACUGAUUUCUUGGGUUUAUAUUUUUAGAUGGACGGUGGCGCGGGACGUCGCGACAACGUUGACGAUGGGAGGAACGAUAUUCAGGAAUUGGSACGGGUCAUUCGGCAGUCGCAGCGAGAGCCCUACCCCAAGAUUGAUGUYMMAUUGUUCGAUGGGAAUCAUGCCUCUUCUUKGGCAGAYAAGUUUGAGCAACUCRGGUAUAGCAACGAAUGGACGGAUGAGAAGAUGCUUCGCAUGGUAAAAAGGUACUGUCAGGUGGGGUACSGAGACGAGAUCGAUGAGCUGGUGCAGAUCUCUCGCRAUUGGUCAGAUUUUAAGGCGCGGUUGUUGGAGAAGUAUCAGCUCAGCGAUCGGUUGCUCGACCUGCAGGAUUUGAGGGYGGUGGAUCGUMAAAAGUUUGGUACAAYCAAACAAUUUUUAUCGGAGUUUGAGCGUGUGGCUCGCCUAAUCCCGGAUUUGUCCGACAAAGAUCGCUGCCUCAUCUUCCUUGAUAACUUCAACGACKUYGAAYAGUCGAAAUUGGUUGAAGGGAUGCAAGGGAGGUAUGACUGGACUAAGGUCCGGCRGAAUGCGYUGGUGGGGAAGUUCGACGAUAUCCUCYACCGGCUGUUGAGGCAGCAAAAGGAGCAGCGGGAAAAGGUGAMGCUGGGAGAAGUAAAGGACGGUGAAAUUUACAAAACUUUGACUUGCAUGAGAGAAAUGAUGGAGGGCAUGAAGGAGGAAAGGCUGAAGCUUCAAGUUAUGUUGGCCAAARGGAAAAAUAGUAAGAGGAAGGGGAAAGAGCCGACGAAAKAAGAAAGUGACAGUGAGAGCGAGGAAGAAAAGGAGCCGCCUCGCAAGUUGACAAAGGCGGAGAGGAAGAUUGGACAGCAGGAGUAYUCGGCACUUGUGUAUGAUGGAGCYGAGAUGAACAUCAUUCGUGAGCGCCAUGCCAUCGAAGCUGGGUUGAAGAUCAACCGAGAUGACUAUGGGUUUUUGGUGGGAGCUAGUGGAUCAACUCCAUUUUGUGGAACAGCCAGUGGCGUUCUCGUCACGAUCGGAAAGGUCAAGGUCCGUUCGUAUUUCUACAUGKUACCUAGAGUGGAACACGAGGUGGUUCUGGGAAGGGCAYUCCUAUGUCGAUYGGAGAGCAUCAUCAUUAACAAGCAUGAUGGAACCAUGUUUGUAAUCCUUURUGAUCCUGUCUGCGGUUAUUAUGAAGUGGUCAAGUGUGYGAACACUGGACCCYAUUGCUCGUGGAACCGGYUGAACCCGGAWUCCUAUAGCUUCCCGGAGUCAGAAAAGUUGAGAYGGGAGAAGGAAUCGUUAGGGGAGGAGCCGAAUGCUCGUGAGUUCUCGCUGACCCUGCCUGAUAUUGGGCAGGCAAUCGAUUUUGUGUCGACACAUGCGGCGAUUGAUCCAAAUGUGGUGCAAGCCUUGACGGAAAUCAUCACGGACACCGGAAGUGUAGGAACUAUGCGCCUCGUUUACUCCCCGUCGGAGGGGAAUAAGGGAGAAGAUCAGGAAUYGCCCUYCACCCGACAYGGUCYUUUUUUAGAGGACGCAGGCUUGACACCGGCAYCAAACGCGGAUCAGGCAGAAAAAUCAGUUCCAGUCGAUGCCUUUCUGAAGGAAGAGGAGGCGCGAUUGAGUAUUAACACUCUUGCCUACCUGACUGAUGCAGCCACUCGCCAUGGGAAAUCGAUAUGGAAUGCUCCUGCCUUUCACGAGGUACGUACAGAACUCGUGGUGGAGGAACCUUUCAUCGACGAGGAUCCAUGGGGCGAGCAGACCGCAGAGGAAAUGAUGAGGCUGGCUUUGACCGGUGACAUCGACCUUAUGCUUGAUCCGCUAACGAUUGAACAGGGCCAUACGCGGGCUGAUGACGCUUUCCAGAUCGUUGGAAGGAUGUCAUAUAUCAUGAAUUUGUUGGUUCACGAGGAUCGCCUGAGGAUAAUGAAUGYGGAGGAAGGAGGCGGUGAGGUCAAAGAAGCGUUUAAGGAAAAGGAGUACGAAGGGGAAUAUAAGAAAAUAGGCAUGUGGUUGAAUGGGGAAUUGGGCGAAAGUGAGGUUGAUCCGGUUGUGCGAGAGAAAAGCAAAGGAUUCGUUUUUCGUGACGGUCAUCUCUUUAAGAAGUUUGCUGAUGGUGUCCCAAAGAGGGUGGUAUGAGGGAUCUCUCGGCAGUUGGAUGUAAUUGCUGCCCUGCAUGAUGGGAUACCCGGCGGACACAGAUCUGCGCGGGUAACUUUGAACAAGAUCCAACGUCUUUAUUUUUGUGAAGGGAUGAGCAAGAUGGUGAUUGACUUUUGUAAAUCUUGUUUCCCUUGCCAGCAGAGGUCUAACAUCCGCUACCUCGAGCCCCUGAAUCCAUGUUAUGUGGCAGAACCAGGUGCGGUGGUGCAUUUGGAUCUUUUGGGAAUGUCACCUGGGAUAAAUGGGUACAGAUACA